GUAACUCGGAUGCUACGAGCUGUGUUAUUAUGGUGGACAGAAUGUGUUCGGAACUUGGAUGAAUAAGUUGCGCAUUCUCAUGGAAAAUGCUUCUUGCUAGUCUUCCGAGGAUUGUUUUCCUCUUUGGUUAUAUAACUUUUUCUAACGCCUAUUUAAAUUUAUACUUAAGUACACAGGAAACUUUUCGUUUGCUAGGUGUGGAGUACGAGCUGUACUACGUGAGGAAUGGCAUCAUCAACCAGUACGCCCUGUCCUUCGACCUACCUCUACAGUCACACAUUGACGAGAUCUUCUUCAACUGGCAAAGUCUCGGAAACUUUCCGGUGUUGUACAGCCUGAGCUACAACAUCAGCAACCGCCGAGCCAUGAACAUGCCGACAGCCAACAUCUCGGAUAAAGGCGAGGUCCCCAACCAGGUUUCUGUGUUUGCGGUGGCCCUGCCGUGCAGUGGUCAGAUCAACGCCGAGGUCCACAUCAACAUUCAGAUGAGCAUCAUCUCCAAACCAGAGCCAACCACUCUCAACUUCAAGAGGAAAAAAGUUUGUCUCAAAAAAAACGAAAACUCUGUGUGGGUUCCCAGAGAGAAAGAAGGUUCCAGCAGGUACCAAUUCACAUCUAAUAAUGCAACUCUCACAUUGACACAUCUUGCUACAAAUCCAGUGUCUGAAGAAAAAGGUGAUUUGACCACGUCCACUCAUAUUUUCUACGCUGCUGUAGCCUGUACGUGUGCUGUCAUUAUUCUAAUUGCUCUGGGGGUCACCAUAUACUACCUCAAAUCACAAAAAGGCUCUGACCGCUAUUCAAAGAAAAUAAAUUGCUACGACAGUAGCAGUUCUCAAGCUCUGACUGGACAACAGAGUCAAACCUUCCUCAGGCCAGACACCCCAAACAAUGCUAGCGGCUCAGGUGCAUCAUCAAAUUUUCGACGUGGUGUUUCUCCCUCCAUUGACCUCAAGCCUACAGAUAUAAACACAGUGUUGAGUGAUAUUUUGAUAGAAAGAAAACGGAUAUCACUGGGUGAUUUGGUUCAUGAAGGCACAUUUGGCCGCAUCUACAUGGGGACAUUGAUUGGAGAUGAUGAGAAUGAGGCUGGGACAGAACAGGAUGUUUUUAUUAAAACUGUCACAGAUCAAGCCAAGACUGAUCAAGUCCAGUUGUUUCUGACCGAGUCUGUCCUGCUGAAGAGUUUGAUCCACCCCAACCUCCACAACAUACUAGGGGCAUGUCUAGAUAACCCUGACCAGCCCCUUGUUGUCUACCCUUACCUACAGGAAGGAAAUAUGAAAAAAUUUCUUUUAAAGUGUCGCAUGUCAGAGUGUGGUUCAAGAUAUACCCUGAAUACUCAGCAACUGGUGUACAUGGCUAUCCAGAUGAUUAGAGGCAUACAGUACCUACAUAGGAAGAAACUCAUCCAUAAAGAUAUAGCCACAAGGAAUUGUAUUGUGGGCACAGACCUGGUGGUGAAGGUGACAGAUAACUCCCUGGCCAGGGACCUUUUCCCUGGGGACUAUAAUUGUCUGGGAGACAAUGAGAACAGGCCGGUCAAAUGGAUGGCUAUUGAAGCUCUGAUGCAGAAGAGGUUUUCCCCGGCCAGUGAUGUGUGGGCAUUUGGAGUAACACUAUGGGAAAUGAUGACCCUGGGUCAGCAACCCUAUGCUGAUGUUGACCCCUUUGAAAUGACAGCAUACUUGCAGGAAGGUUACAGGAUAGCCAAACCUCACAACUGUCCUGACGAAUUGUUUUCGUUGAUGGCCUGUUGCUGGGCCCUGUCACCUGAUGAGCGGCCAAAGUUUCCCCAGCUGAUCACCUACCUGCAGAACUUUUACAUGGCUUUGGGCAGAUACAUCUAACCUUUCUGCGAGGUCAAGGUCACCUUUUCUAGCUCUAGUCAAGUCUGCAGCCAAACCUGGGUGUCUGUAGUUCUGUGAAGCAGGUGAUAACACAAACAACAGGGGUGGAUGCAGGUACCUUCAGAUAAACUGUGCAGGUAGAUCAACUCAUCAGUAUUACACAGGUAUCCAACAACUCAUUUCAGUCAUUGUCUGAAUCACAGCCGAGCAGACAACUCAUGCAAGCAAAAAAAAACAAAAAACCAUUGAGUUGGGUACUUCUAUAAUCUUGUGUUUGUGCUUGUAGAUGGAAAGUGUUCCAAAGAUAACUCUGAUUUAAAUUAAAGUCAACACUUCUCUGAUCAAGAGAAACAGAACUUUUUUCACCAAGAGAAGAGAACUCUUGCGAUCAAGAGAACAGCACUCUCGUGAUCAAGAGAACAGAACUCUGGCUUCCAGAUGUCCUAGCUUUAGUUGUAUAGUUCUCAACACUAAUGAGAGCUACAAAGAUGUAUGUACAGCUUAAGUACCUUAUGGAGAAGAAUUUCUCAUAUUUAUUUUUUUUUCUACUAAUUUUAAUGGCUGUGUGAAAUUUUUUUUAACAAAAUUUAACCAUCUAAAGCAAUUAGAUUGUGAAGAUUUUAAAAAUUUGUUCUUAUUCAAGAAGAAAAAAGUGACAACAUACAACAGGCAUAUUGGCCAGUGUUGCGUUCUUAUUACACAAAUUAUUGUCUUUAGAUUACAAUCAUAUAUAUUUUAUAAAGAACAUAUGUGGAAAAUAUGCUGAUUAUGCAUGUAACCACUGGUUGUGGAGAAGAUGGUGCUUUUAUUUAACCCUAAACACAAUUAUUGUGUGACUGAUAAGUGCAAACAACAUUUGUUUGAAUGAUGUUGCAUGUGAUUUACUGACAAUUCAUGAAUGGAGAUUAUUAUAUUUUAUAUAUUCGAAAAGAGCCACAAAAGAACAAAGCUGUUUUUAAUCCUAAAUGCUGAAUAGGUUUCUAUUUCGUUUUAUAAGAUGUAUAUACAUUUAAAAAUGCUGAUAAAAUGCUAUUUUGUAUUAUGUAAAUAACAUCAUGACUAGUUUGUGUACAGUUUUUUUUUUUAGCAAGAUCAUCCACAUUAGAAAAUCAUGUGUGUCAAUAUUUGCUGAAGAAAUAUUUUUAUCCAUAUCGCAGUAUUCAUAUAUAUGACAGAAUUAAUUUUUAAAAAAUGCUCAGUCUAGUUUUUUAAAUUAAUCAGUCGAUUUGGUUUGCAGCUUGUCAUUUAAAAAAUAAAACACAUAAAAUAGUUUGAAACUAAAUGAUUGAUAAGUGAAUUUUUUUUAUUCAGGAGUAAAAAUGUUCUUUGAUAUUGUUUACUCUUUAAUGUUAAGUUAAAAUUAAAGAAAGAUUUAUAUAUCUGUUUAUCGAAGGUGAUUUAGAUAUGCUUUUAAAAUAAAAGAAAGAUUUAUAUUGAUGUAUAUAUCCUUUUAAAAUUAAAGAAAGAUCUAUAUAUCUGUUUGUAGAAGGUGAUUUAGAUAUGCUUUAGGCUACAUCAAAUUCAGCCAUUUUAUUCCUAGAUCCUUUAAGUUGCAUCAAAAUGAGUCAUUGGUUUUCCUAGAAUAAUAAAGAUAUAAGUGUAGCAUAGGCGGAUAAAACUUUGUUCUGCUAGGGUGUGAAAUUAGCAAAUUGUUUGUCAAAAAAUAGCUCAAAGUAAGGCAGGCUUGAUUAUUUAAAAUACAAUUGUUGUUUAUUUAAACAAUUUUAUGCAUAUCUUUCCUAAUUUACAAGAGAAAACCUUACUAUGCAGAAUAUUUUCUUAGUGCCAGAUCAAAAUAUUUAACGCAAUUCAAUUACAGCUUUUAUUCUGCAGUUAAUUUAAUUUUAAAUACUAAAUUUAAUUUUUUUGAAAAUUUAAAAUAGCAUAUUCCUAGUUUACUUUAAAAAAUGACAAGUUUAAAAUACACUGGUCAUUUAAUAUGAAACUUUGAGCACACAACAGUUUAUGAUUAACAGCAUGGUUAACGUAAACUCAGAUGUUGUCAGAAUUGCAGUUACCUUUUCUGUGGCUUUCAACAAAGCAAUCGUAAAAUAUUAUCUUGUGUUCUAAAUGUAAAUUAUAUCUUAGAUAUGGAUAAUAAUUUUUUUAUGAAAUCCAAACACCAAAGCAAAGAAUAUAUGUAUGCAAAAGAAUGGGUAAAGAAUAUUUCAAUUAUGUAACAUUUCAUCCGGUCUGCUGACAUUGUGGAUGUUUGCUGAUGUUGCUUCAUGUGUCUGCUGAUGUUGCUUCAUGUGUCUGCUAUUGUCUUAUUGUCUUUACAUCAUGUUCAUUGACAUCAUUGUGGAUGUUUGCUGAUGUUGCUUCAUGUGUCUGCUAUUGUCUUAUUGUCUUUACAUCAUGUUGGUUGACAUCAUUGUGGAUGUUUGCUGAUGUUGCUUCAUGUGUCUGCUAUUGUCUUAUUGUCUUUACAUCAUGUUCAUUGACAUCAUUGUGGAUGUUUGCUGAUGUUGCUUUAUGUGUCUGCUAUUGUCUUGUACAUCAUGUAGGCUGGUGUACUAUACAUAUGUACACUUAGUGAUGUUCUUAAUGCCUGUCUUCUGAUCAAGUCUCUGACAUAUGUACGUCUGCUGAUAGUAUCCUAACUAAUUGGUAUAAUGACUGAUGUGUUUGAUUUUAGAUUUGUAAAUACAUGAAAUUGUCAUCAGUAGAUUUUUGAAUUAUCACUGCCAUUGUAGUAAUAUUUAUUUUAGUUUAACUAGCUACCUUUAUAAUUUACAUGUGACGAUAUUAGAUAUAUAAAAAAAAUAUUUAAAUUAUGCAUUAACAUACUGUACAUAGACAACUUCCAAAUCUUGUUGAAUACAAUUUUAAAAAUUAACAAAUUUAGUUUCAAUAGGCCAUAUCAGCAUACAGUACUGGUGACCAG